AUGGGUCACCUGCAUCGCAGGCUCAACAAUCGCCAAAUCCAGCUCAUCGCAGCAGGUGGAUCAAUUGGAACGGCACUCUUCAUCAGCAUCGGCGGUGGUCUCGCCAAGGGUGGUCCCGGCAGCUUGCUGAUAGCGUACACCGCUUACACCCUGAUUCUUGCCCUCGUCAACAACUCUGUUGCCGAGAUGAACACGUAUAUGCCCGUUGCAGGUGGCUUUGUCCGCCUCGCUGGGUAUUGGGUCGAUGACGCUCUUGGUUUCCUUGCGGGAUGGAACUUUUUCCUCUACGAAGCUAUCUUGAUCCCCUUUGAGAUUACUGCUCUCAAUAUUGUCAUUUCGUUUUGGAGUGAUGAUGUCGUGAAACCCGGUCCGACAGCUGGUAUUUGUGCUGCUGUGAUUAUUCUUUAUGGGUUGAUCAAUGUCCUCGCGGUACGGGGCUAUGGCGAAGCUGAGUUUUGGCUUUCUGGAGGAAAGCUGAUCUUGAUCUUCAUGCUUUUCGCUUUCACAUUUGUGACUAUGUACAUCUCCAUGGUAUCUGCUGAAGCUCAACGGCCCAGCAUCUAUAUCAAGUCAGCAUUCAUUACCGUGUAUUACCGAUUUUGUAUUUUCUUCAUCAUCGGUGCACUGGCUGUUGGCAUAGUAGUUCGGUAUAACCACCCAACCCUAGUCAACCUUUACUUUGGGGACGGUGGCGGUGGUACGGCUGCGGCUUCUCCCUAUGUGAUUGCCAUGGAGACCCUUGGUAUCGGUGUACUUCCUCACAUCGUCAACGCACUCAUCCUUACGUCUAUCUUCUCGGCUGGCAAUACCUACACCUACUGUGCCACUCGGGCGCUUUACUCACUAUCUCUCGAAGGAAGAGCGCCUCGUUUUCUGCGUCGAUGCAACAAGAAUGGAACUCCCAUCUACUGUUUCGCCAUCGUCAUGCUGUUCCCGAUGUUAUCUUUCCUCCAAGUUAGCAGCAGUUCUGCUGUUGUUAUUACAUGGCUAACUGCGCUUAUCACGGGAGGUGGGCUGAUCAGCUUCAUCAUCAUGUCGAUCACGUUCAUCAACUAUCAUAAGGCCUGUGUCGCCCAAGGAGUUGACCGCAAAACCCGGCCAUACUAUGGAUACUUCCAGCCUUACGGCGCAUACAUUGCAUUGGGCUUUCAGUUACUCAUUCUCUUAGUGUAUGGCUACUACGCGUUCCGGCCGUGGUCAGUAGAGUUGUUCUUCCAGAGCUACACUAUGCAGAUCUUAGCCGUCGUUCUUUUUUGUGGAUGGAAGUUGUUCAAGAAGACCAGAUACAUAAGGCCCCAUGAGGUUGAUCUUGUUUGGGAGCGGCCAUUGAUCGAAGCCUACGAAGAGUCUUUAGUUGAUCCGCCAGUUGGCUUUUGGACCGAGAUGGCGCAAAUGGUUGGGCUUCGAAGGAACAAGCACUCCGUUGGUGGUAAUGGUGUCAUUUACUGGACUGAUGAGAUGGUCCCGGCUUAG